CUGGUUUAAUCGAGCACUAUUUCUCGGGCAGUAAGAAAUAUUGCGAUUAUAGAAGACAUUAAACACAGGGGGCAAUCUUAUGAACGUGUCUCUCGGCUGGAACACGUGAUGCGGGGUUUUUUCCAGUUGAGUAUCGGGUUCUCCUAAAGUGAAAGUGAAAGUUAUUCAAGUAGGCGGCUCUGCACACUGUAAACGUGGGGUAAGCGAUGUAUCCGGAUGCAGUGAGGGCUGCACUGUGUGGACCAGAUGCCAUGGCUGCCUUGUCAGUUCUUUGAUGAACACAUCUUUGUGAACCACGAAAACCAUACUGAGACUCAGUUCAUCCACAAAGACACUGUGCUGCAGUUUGGAAAGAAGGGAGACGCUCCUGUUAAUCCACAUGCCAUCACCUUCCUGGUCACUGGGUCUAAGCUGGACCUGCGGGACUAUGUGCAGGGUGUGGGUGCAGAGCGGCUGGACUGUGAGCUGCGCUGGUUCAGCACUGAGGGCAUCCAGCUGCGUUGGCCCAGCCACGGGGCCCAGGAGUACGACUGCUGGUUCAGAUGUACCCUGAAACACACGGCGGGCCACUUCACCGUCAACGCCUUCCUCAGACACACCCCUGCCCAGCGGCCCUCAGACCAGCAGGACUACCGCAGCCGGCCCGCCAUCGGGGACAGAGACCUGCUCCCCACCUCAGUCGCCAUGGUCCUCCAGACCCUUUCUCCAUCGGUGCUACCGGCCCUCAGUUCUCAGCAAAAGCUCCACUGCCAGUUUGCCAUCGACCACAAGGGGCCAAACGCCCAGGUGGAAUGGCAUCGGCAAACUCGUGGAGAGAGACUCCUGCUGUUCAGCCAUGCCAGCCGGUCUGGGCAGACCAAAGGGAGCGGGGUCGGCCUCAAGGCUCUGGUGGGGGGCGACGCUUCCUUUACUCUCCCCCUCGUGAAGCUGAACAGCGAGGGGACGUACAUCUGCUCUGUGUCGGUGCCUCCGCUGCUGGGCAGUGUGGAUGUGACUCUGCAUGUCCAAGAGCGUCCCCGUGUCUCACUCAACGUGGGUUCCAGCCUUGUGCUCACAGAUGGCACUUUUCAGAAGGUGGCUUGCGAGGCGGAAGGCUACUACCCUCUGGAUGUGGAGAUUGUUUGGUACCAGGAGCAGCCGGGGGCCUCGGGCAAGAGAGUUGGCGCUCCCCUGCCCAAGAAGGUCGAUAACAUUCUGCUGUCCAGCCACAAGCACAACCAGGAGGGAACCUACUCCCUGUCUGCUUUCUUCUACCUCCAGGCUUCACUCAGCCAGUCUGGCUACCAGUACACCUGCACUGUCUCCCAUCAGUCCCUGCUGGUGCCCAUCCGCAAGAGCUUCACCCUGACCGUUGAAGAGCCAACCAGCUGGACAUUUUACUUCUUGAUUGCGGGCCUGCUGGCGGUCUUGUGUCCUAUGCUGUGCUACUGGUACAAAGUGCGAAGAGAAUCCAUGAAGCAGAGAAAACCCUACUGAAUGGCCUCAACCGCCAGAGGAGAACAACUCAGAGACCAGCAGGGCCAGACUGUCUUUUUCUCUCCUCCUUCAUUUGUCUUCAUUUUUUCCAGCUUUGAUUUUUUUUUUUUUUUUUUUUGUGAAUCUGAUCUUCUGUUAAACUGAUUGCGAUGCUGAUUCUUCUGAAGAUGGAAACUGUCAAGACGGAGAUGGAGGGGAUGGAGCAGCUCCUCUCCUGGGUGAACAAACAGCACGGCCACUAAACAAGAGAAAAUUAUAAACUUUCUUAAAAGGAAUCUAGGGUAUUGAACUGCAUUAGAUGGUACAGGUGGACCUGAUAAAGUGGCCACUGAGUGUUUCUCCUAAUGGCUAUAAAAUGUAAUAAAACCUGUUCAUAAAUUAAGUUGAGGUGUAAAUUAAAUUAAGUGUAAUUUUCAGGGUGAGAUUUUAAGAUAUAUGUAUUAUAAAUGUAUGCAUCAAAAUGUAAUAAAUCCUCUCUAAAUGGGUAAAAAUGUACAUUAAUACAAUAUUAAGAUGUAGAUUGUUUAUAAGGCAACAGUUGUAUGUUCUCAUGUAUUACAUAAUCAGGACAAAAGGCUAUAGCAUCACUCUAAAAUGGUGUAAAUUAAAUGGAAAUUGAUUACUGGAGCCGGCUUUAUCACCUUUGAGACACAUUCAGUUUACAUUUUUAAAGUUAUAGCAUCAUCGGUUUUAGGGGCUUUUGAAUGAGAGAAUAUUAAAGCUAUUUAACUGAAUAAAUAUUGCUCUUGUUCAAGGUGAAGGAAUCUG